GGGGAGGGGCGGGGCGACUUACAUCUCUAUGGUGGUAGAGGUCGCCGGAAGUAGGGAAGGCGCCAUGUUGGAGGUGGCAUAGCAACCGGAGGUGGGGAGUCCAGUUUCACCUCUUUGGAGAUCUUCCAGUUGUAAGAAGAAGUUGCUCAUUUGGAGAAGGUUCUGAAUAAGAAAGGUGUGGCUGAGUCCCGGCUCCUGAUGGCUGUGUCUCUGAUAAGCAGAGGCCUCAGGACUGGAGGACAGUGCUGCUCCUGGUCCAUACGUAAAGUUGCCUUCGCCAGAAUAUCUCGAAUAUCGCGGGAACAACAAACUGUGGGAAAACCGCGGACGUCCAAUGUGGAGGGCGGGUGCAGAACCUUCCAGACUACAGCUGCUGCCCAAUCAGAAGACGCUGGUCCUGCAAGUGAGCCAUGUGAAGAUACGGUGGAUGUUGUAUUUAUAGAUAGGGCCGGCAAGCGCAUUCCUGUUAAAGGGAAGAUCGGAGAGAGUGUUCUGUACCUUGCUCAUAGGUACGACGUAGACUUGGAAGGAGCCUGUGAAUCUUCCCUCGCAUGUUCCACAUGUCAGGUCUACGUCAGCCAAGAGUAUUUCGAUCAACUUCCUGAGCCAGAUGAGAGGGAAGAUGAUAUGCUGGACAUGGCCCCAUUAUUACAGGAGAACUCCAGACUUGGAUGUCAAAUUAUUCUCACUGAAGAACUGAACGGAGUGGAGUUUACACUCCCCAAAAUAACCAGAAACUUUUAUGUGGAUGGACAUGUUCCUAAACCACACUGAGGACAGUCCUGGGAGUCCUAAUGGUUCACCUAUGAUACGCACAAGAGAGAAGGUGUUACUAAACAGGAAAGGUCUGUUGAGAGCGUCCUUCCUGGAGCACAAAGCAAACUGGUAAACCAAAGACUGCUUGUAAUGGGUUCUGCUGUUAGAAUAACUGCAACUUACAGGGAUACUUCACUUAAAACUGUUUUUUUUUUGGGGGGGGGGGGGUUGCUAGAGAGUUUAAUCCCCUGAUAGCUUCUAUUCUUUCUCAGCCAUUCUGUUGGUAAGAUCUCUGCAGGUCUGUCCACUGUAUAUGCUUAUUAUGAGGGGAGAUCCAGGAUCCCUACAAUGAGUUCUGAAUCUUUAUACCUGCUGUGCCCUUUAUAAUGGGUUCCCUCCAAUCCUGAACUGAGAUCCUGGGUCUAAACACCAGGUGUGCCCAUUAUAAGGGUUUCCCACAAUCCCUGAGCUGUGUUCCCAGGUCUGCAAACCCGCUGUGCCCAUCAUGAGGGUUUCCCACCAUGCCUGCACUGGUCUGGGAUUUCACUGUGUCCUUGAUCCCGUUCACUCACUUAGAUUUUAUGGUAUGCUAUGGAAGAUGUAACAGGAGAAACUGGAACCAAAACAAGGGGGUGAGAACACCCAAAUACUCCCAAGAGGCCUGGAUCAGAGUUGGGUAUUUUUGGCAGGGAGAUCUCAGUGCUGGAACACGCAAGAAACCAGAGGCUGACUCAACCCACCAGGUUACCUCUUAGAAAAAAAAUAAUAUUUUCUGCAGAAAAAUAAAGUAUUACUUGUUUUCAUUG